AUGGUUGGCUGUCCCCUGAGCUGCGCCGACGUGCUGGAUCUGACGGGCAACAAGAUCCCCAACCUGCCCCCCGCCGCCUUCUCUUCGGUGGGCCUGCUCAACCUGCAGCGCAUCUUCCUCAAGGGCGCCGGCCUGCGCGAGGUGCACCGCGACGCAUUCCGCGACCUCCGAAUCCUCAUCGAGGUGGACCUCUCGGACAACGACAUCACGGUCCUGCACCAAGACACCUUCGCGGGCACCGAGCGGCUGCGCGUCGUCUGCCUGAGCAACAACCCGCUGAGCGAGCUGCGCAGCUACCAGUUCCCGCCGCUGCUGCACCUGCGCACGCUCGACUUUAGCCACUGCCACCUCGAGCACAUCGACGAGGAGGCGCUCACGCACCUCGCCGCCCUCGAGUCGGUCAACCUCAAAGGCAACCGGCUGAGCCAUUUGUCGGAGCGCGUGUUCGCGCCGCUGACCAAGAUGAAGACGCUGGCGCUGGACGGCAACCCCUGGAGCUGCGACUGCCGCCUGCGCUCGUUCCGCCAGUGGCUGCUCGCCAGCAAGCUGUACUCGAUGGCGCUGGCCUGCGAGGAGCCGUCCUCGCUCGCGGGCCGGCCGUGGGAGGACGUGGCGCCGGCCGACUUCGCGUGCGCCGCCACAGUGGAGCUGCACGACCGCACCAUCCAGCAGGAGGCCGGCGGCAAUGUGACGUUCCACUGCCGCGCCUCGGGUGACCCGGAGCCCGAGGUCACGUGGUACUUCAACGGGAGGCCGGUGGGCGCCAACGGCACGCAGGCCUUCGGCACCGAGACUGUGUACGCCAUCGACCAGGAAGACGGACAGGGGCUCCUCGAGAAGUGGAGCAACAUCUCGGUGUACAAUGUGUCCGACUCGGAAGCGGGCGAGUAUGGCUGCCAGGCGCGCAACCUGCGUGGCAAGGCGCUCGCGCGCGCCACCCUCACCCUGCCCGUCGUGGUCACGGCCACCACGCUUUCCAAGGCUGAGUCGUGGCUUCUUUGGGCUGGCCUCGCCACGGGCGGCGUCUCCGCCGUGGUGGCGCUCCUCGUCACCAUCGUAUGUUCGUGCUGCUUUUGCGGCGCGCGCCGGGGCCGCAAGCGCCAUCGUCGGAAAUGCAACCUCAAGGGGAGCGUGAGCUUUACGGACCAGGAGAAGAAGCUGCUGGACCUGAGCAUCACGACGACGGCGACGGAGCGGCACUCGCAGGGCGCGCCCUCGUCCAUCGGGAGCCGGGAAAUGCUCGGGUCCUCGCCAGACCUGGAGCUAAGGCCGCUCCCGCUGCCUGACCCACCGCUCCACAUCACCAUCGAGAGCCACUCGGAGAACAUGGCCGUCUUCCCGCCGCCACCAGAGUUCUCGUCGAGUGUGCUGCCUACGAGCGCGUUCGGCAACAUCUUCAUCUCGGUGUCGGUGAGCCAGGAGCCGGGCCAUCCCGGCAGCCAUCCCGGCGGCAUGAUGAGCGCCGUGCCCGCGGCCCUCAGCGACAUCAAGCGCUUCCCGGACCUGCUCGAGUUCCCGCACCGCGCCGUGCUGCCCGCGGGCAUGGGGCCAGGGCUGCCGACGGGCAUCGUCAAGAGCGUGAGCGUGGCCACGGGCCCGGACCAGCCUUACGUGCCCAUGAGCCUGUCGACGCCCAGCCUGGCGUUCGCCACGCUGCCGCGCCGCCAUCUCCGUGCCAAGGAGACCGACGUGUCGGUGGGUGGCCGCGCCGUGCCGCACUACGACAACAUGGGACCGCGAGUGACCGCCAACGGCAGCUCGACUCUGUCGCUGCCCGACGAGGACCAGCUCGAGGCCACCGUCUGCUCCCGGGCCAACUCGAGGGUCGGGUCCCAGGACUUGCCGCCCCCGCCGCCGCCACCCCACUGCACGUCCAUGUCCGAGUACGUGGCGCUGUGAGCCGCGACUGCGAGAGACGAUGUGUGUGGAUGUGAAAAGAGAUGAUCGUGUGAUGGUGAACUCUUCGGCGUGCUUGCGACUUGAAAGCCUCUGGUCUUGACGGAAGCCUCCGCCACAUGUCUGGAGAACGGUCUACUGUCGCGCUGCGCUAGUGAUCGCCUGUGCGUUGGUGCUGUGGACGUUUCCGUGUAUCGAGAUUUUUUUACCCGAGCUCAGUGAUAAACGUAGCGUGGUUAACCUCUGCUACAUGUUACGAUACUUUGAGUGUGUGACCCUUUUAACUUUGCUGGUUUUGUUACUGUUUGCCUAGUUUAUCGGGAAGAAUAGUGCGAUGGGAAAUUGUGAAAUCUUAGUGAGACACUGGGCAUUGUGACUGUAAUGUCUUUGAGAGCUGCUCUUUUUAAAUAUACGUUUGAAUCAUGCAUAAUUUACUUUAUUUGCACGGUUUUGCAGAAUUAGUUGUUUUAUUCACCCUACAUUUGAGUCUUUUACUGUAAUAGUUUCGUUAUACUGACAAUCAAUCUAAAAGCUGGAGUUUUGUUUUUCUUUGUAUUCAUUGUUGCCGUUAAGACUUGUUGUUGAGUCUCAUAUUAUACUUUUAGCAUGUUUGAAACAUUAUUACACCCACAUUUUAUCAAUGCACCACACAAGCUGCGCGUACACCAUGUCUAACGCGCUGAGUUGACAUAUUGUUGAAGUGCGAAUUUUGUCUGCACAGGCUUGUGCAAUACGACGCAUCCGAGCAACAAAGGCGGAUAAAAAAGCGGUCGCUGAACAACGGCGGAUCAGAAAGCGGUCGCUGAACAACGACGGAUCAGAAAACGGUCGCUGAACAUCGACGGAUCUGCUUUUUGCUGAUCUCUGCAUACUUGACUUUGGAGGCCUCUUACUCUCCUUACAGAUAUCGCAUCGUGUUGGGCGUUGUCUCUGUUUAUUCACGAGAUGAUGACAAUUAAAAUGAUGUUUUACUGCAAACGAUACAACGUCUCUGCGAUGAGCGGGAGGCCUCCAAAGUCAAAUAUAUCGAGAUCAGCCAAAAGCAGAUCCGUCGUUGUUCAGCGACCGUUUUCUGAUCCGUCGAUGUUCAGCGACCGCUUUCUGAUCCGUCAUUGUUCAGCGACCGCUUUUUUAUCCGCCUUUGUUGCACGGAUGCGUCGAAUAUCUAUACUGCCAUGUGGAUUGAAGCGUUAAUUCUCAAUUUUUUUAAAGCCAACAAAAUACUUUCGCAUUUUGAAACUUUUAUUUCACUUUUCUUUUAUUAUAGCUUGAACCAAUUUGAUUCUGUGGUCAGUUUUCACAACAAUAAAUAAAUAACUGAUCCUUCGAUAUAAAAUGCCCCAAACUGACUUCUGUGUGGCAUCUGUUUUAUUUACACAGAGGCUCCAUAUGUGUGCAGCGCAGCUCUCUACGUUAGUAAUGCAUUUAUUUUUGUGUCCUCAGUGUGCCAUGUCAUUUUAUAAGACUAAGUCAUCAGAAUUCAAAGCGUGACAACUUCGGCAAUUUAUCAUGAAAACUUUAGGUUGAUCUGUAAUCAUUGCAUCAUAAUAAAAGUAUUUUCGAAAUCUUGGUGAUUGAACGUAAUGGUCUGCACAAAUUUGUAUUCUAAAAGAGGUUGAAGAAAGAAAUAAAUUAUAGAUAGGAAAAUAAA